CCCACACUGAUAAUAAUAAAAAUAUAAUAAUAACUAUAAUAAAACUGUAUCUUUUUCGCCCUGUCUCUGGUAACGCUCUCAGAUUUUGAUCCCAACUGAAAUAGCACUAUUAGGUGCAGAAAAAAGAGCAAGAGACUAUUGGAAAUAGAGAGUGCCCAUGUGUUGAAGAGUCGGUGAUACAUGGUUGCAUUGGAUGACAUCCUCCUAUGAUUAUGGAUAUCAAACGAAGGAAUUCAGGUAUUGAUUCUCACCACCUCCUCCGCAGUUUAAAAAUGUAUCAAAAAGAGUGGUCCAAGUGCAGAGAAAGGUGCAUCUCAAACCAUUGUAUAUCCCUUAAUAGAUAUGCAACCCAGUAUUCUUUUGGUCUCUUUACUCUUUUUUUUCCUCAAGUGCAUAUGCAUUGGAGUAUUAUUUGGAUUAAUGAUCAAUCUGUUUCGCUUCUCACUCCUUUUGCCCCUGUUUUAUAUUUGUGUCGUGUUGUACCAGGCGUAACUUUGUUCCUGUAUUGUUGUCUGUGGGUUGACCACUAAAUUAAAUCCAAAUUAGACUGGGUCGGGUUUGCAAAUCAUUUCACGCACCUGCUUUUCUGGCUGACGAACAGAGA